GCCUACUUUAAAGAGCAGCGGCAGCGAAUACGUUCACCUGUUUUUAUUCAUUUACAGCUAGAUGAUCACUGUUACCGUUAAUUUCCCUUCGUAAUCGCAUUCAAAUGUAGAAGAGAGAAAAAUACACGGUGGCUCUACCCUGCACAAUAAGCCAUUCCUCGUUCGAAAAAAGAAAAGAAAAAAAGAAUCAGAAUUCGUGAUUGGCAGUGGUUUGGCCCUGCCCUGGUGGCGGCCAUCUUGCCUCCUGUCUACCAGCGAGAUUCGAGUGCGGAAGUAGAAACUUCACUGUGCGGGUUCAGGGUUCCGCCUCUGAAUGGUGAGAUAGCAACUCUACCCGACACAGGUUACUUCCCAUCAAAGAACACACCCGUAAAUUCUACCCUCUGGAUUGCAAGAGAUGGCGGGACGAUUACCGGCAUGUGUAGUCGACUGUGGCACAGGAUACACAAAACUUGGCUAUGCUGGGAACACUGAGCCUCAGUUUAUUGUUCCGUCAUGUAUUGCCAUCAAAGAGUCGGCCAAAGUCGGGGACCAGGCCCAGAGAAGGAUGAUGAAGGGGGUGGACGACCUGGACUUCUUCAUCGGAGACGAAGCCAUAGACAAACCCUCGUAUGCAACAAAGUGGCCAAUCCGACACGGCAUCGUAGAAGACUGGGACCUGAUGGAGAGGUUCAUGGAGCAGGUCAUCUUUAAGUACCUGCGUGCGGAACCAGAGGACCACUACUUCCUAUUGACCGAGCCUCCCUUAAACACACCGGAGAACCGGGAGUACACGGCGGAGAUCAUGUUCGAGUCCUUCAACGUCCCCGGGCUAUACAUCGCUGUUCAGGCAGUCCUUGCGCUGGCGGCCUCCUGGACGUCCAGACAGGUGGGGGAGCGGACCCUGACGGGCACGGUGAUCGACAGUGGGGACGGGGUCACUCACGUCAUCCCUGUGGCCGAGGGCUACGUGAUUGGCAGCUGCAUAAAACACAUUCCCAUCGCGGGGCGGGACAUCACGUACUUCACACAGCAGCUCCUGAGAGAGCGGGAGGUGGGCAUUCCCCCGGAGCAGUCCCUGGAGACCGCCAAAGCAGUCAAGGAACGGUACAGCUACGUUUGCCCAGAUUUAGUUAAAGAGUUCAGCAAGUAUGACACAGACGGGUCCAAAUGGAUCAAGCAGUACACCGGCAUCAACUCCAUCAGCAAGAAGGAGUUCACCAUCGACGUGGGCUACGAGCGUUUCCUGGGGCCCGAGAUCUUCUUCCACCCCGAGUUUGCCAACCCAGACUUCACUCAGCCCAUCUCAGAAGUUGUGGACGAGGUGAUUCAGAACUGCCCCAUUGACGUCAGACGUCCUCUGUACAAGAACAUCGUGCUGUCGGGCGGCUCCACCAUGUUUCGGGACUUUGGCCGCCGUCUGCAGCGGGACCUGAAGAGGACGGUCGACGCCCGGCUGAAGAUGAGCGAGGAGCUCAGCGGGGGCAAGCUAAAGCCCAAACCCAUCGAUGUGCAGGUCAUCACGCACCACAUGCAGCGAUAUGCCGUUUGGUUCGGGGGAUCCAUGUUGGCCUCGACUCCCGAGUUCUACCAAGUCUGUCACACCAAAAAGGACUACGAGGAGAUCGGGCCGAGCAUCUGUCGCCACAACCCCGUGUUCGGUGUCAUGUCCUAGGCGCUGGCCUCCGCCCCACCUCAGGGCCCGACGCGGGAGAGGCAUGCUGGGAAGGCGUGGGAGGGGGUUGCCUGCUCGUCCGUCGAUCGUUAUCCACUUUGAACGGGCCGCAGUUGCCGCAAAAAGAAAAAAAACGCAGAGAGAACAAAACCGAUUUCAAAUUAAAAAAUUUUAAAAAGACCAAACGCAAUUAGGCUGGAAAACUGGAGUGGGGAGGAAGACAAAAAAAAAAAAAGAUAUGAAAAAAAAAAAGAGGGAGAAUAGUUUAGUUUAUAAGCCAAAACGAUUUGACGCUUACGUGUUCUGUUCUGCGGAACACUGUGUGGAGAACAAAUCAACGAUGAUAACGGUUGUUUCUUGAGGAGGAGGAGGGAAAAAAAAUAAAAAAUUGUUUAUGGUUAUCAAAUGUAAUGUGCCCGAAAACUUGUGUACAUCGAUGAUGUUUCCAGAUCAUGACAGGGUUUGAACAUACGGUCACACUUCAUAGUGGUUUGGCAAUUUACUCAUUUUAUACUUAAUAAAUAUAUAAAUGAUAAAUAAAUAAAUAAAUAAAAUGAAUACUGUGCAACAGGAGGCAGGUCUGUGCAUGUAGGUAGAGGAGAUGUUGUGGUUGGUUCUGGUGUUUGGUUUAAGGUUUAGCUAAGGGAGUUAGACUUGUAGUUUUGGAUCCGACAGGGCUUAUUGAUUCAGCAUUUGCACAUAAACUAUAUCACUUUGUAACAAGGUGUAUAUACAUGGUGAUUACACACAUACGAGUUCCAGUCAGUAAACUGCCCAGUUACUAUGAAGUGUUGCCAAACACAUUUUGUCACCUGCUCAGUUUUUGCUUUAAAUGCACUUCUUUCCGUGUACAAGGCAAGAGCUUGUUUAUAUUUCAUACAAAGUUUUUAUAUGUAAAGCUGGGGAAAUCAGGAAAAAUAAAGUAUGUAAUGCCAAUAGCGAUGUGGUAAUAUGAUCCUAAAUCCACUGAGAAACCUCAAUAGUAAAAUCCAGUCUGCUCAAAAUGGUGGCCAGUGUUUUCUCUUCUUUUUAUUUUUUACUUUGUUUUUCUACUUUUGAAUUUGGUCACUUUGCCAUCUGCUCUGGCAGUAACUGUUCCCAAAUCUACGUUCACCUGCUGGAGCUUUCUCUGUAGCCCUUGUCUGAUUUCUUAUUUUAUCUUGCAGCAAAAAAAUAAAUCAAUAAUUAAAAAAUAUUAUGAAAUUAAAAAGACUGUUGGACCAGUAUUGUAGCCUAGAACCUCAUUUUUUUUGUUUUUGAUUAAGUACCAAAUGGUCAAAGGAACAGAUUUGUGUAUUUAAUGCCUAGCAACAUUCCAAUAAAGGCACAAAAUUAUUUCUA